AUGGCGAUCCCGGUUAUUGAUUUCUCUAAGCUCAAUGGAGAACAGAGGGCUAAGACUUUAGCUCAGAUUGCAAAUGGGUGUGAAGAAUGGGGAUUCUUUCAGCUGGUGAACCAUGGGAUUUCCGAGGAACUCCUGCAGAGGGUUAAGAAGGUCUGCUCUGACUGCUAUAAGAUGGAGAGAGAAGAAGGAUUCAAGAACUCGACACCGGUCAAGUCGUUGAAUGAACUAGUUGAAAAUAAGAGCGGCGACAAGCUGGAGAAUGUGGACUGGGAGGACGUGUUCCUUCUCUCAGAUGGUAAUGUGUGGCCAUCAAAGACCCCAGGAUUCAAGUAA